GUACUAUGACGAUUUCUAUCUGUUUUCCACGUGAUUUCUCGCAUUAAAAUCCAGGAUUUCCUGAAUGAAUACCCGAGACGUGGGUUGGUUUUCCAAUGGGUCGCAAUCGCACCUCUCGUCCCUUCGAGAACCGAUUACCUUUCAUUUCAUAUGAUAAAUAACAAUGCGAUUCGGUAACAAGGGACGUUCGGCCUUAAAAUCUUAACAGUACUAUGACGAUUUCUAUCUGUUUUCCACGUGAUUUCUCGCAUUAAAAUCCAGGAUUUCCUGAAUGAAUACCCGAGACGUGGGUUGGUUUACCGAUGGGUCGCAAUCGCACCUCUCGUCCCUUCGAGAACCUAUUGCCUUUCAUUUCAUAUGAUAAAUAACAAUGCGAUUCGGUAACAAGGGACGUUCGGCCUUAAAAUGUUAACAGUACCAUGACGAUUUCCAUCUGAUUUCCACGUGAUUUCUCGCAUUAAAAUCCAGGAUUUCCUGAAUGAAUACCGUGGGUUGGUUUACCGAUGGGUCGCAAUCGCACCUCUCGUCGGCCGCGGCGCGUCUGGACGGUCUGGCGUCCGCCUGAAGUCGAGGAGUCUCCCUUCUUCCCGGGUUCGGCGGGACAGAGUUAAGUGUAGCGUGGAGGUGGCGCAGGCCCCUCCUGCUAAUAAAAGCCGCUCACCUAGCGCCGCCACACAGACAGUCACAGAAAAGUCGAACGAGCAGGAGCGGCGCGGGCUCCCUCUAGGUCCUUAAGUCGAGUUUUAAGUUAACACGAGUGACGGACCCCGUGUGGUGAGUUCCCCAAAGUCUCGUCAUCUCGCGGCAGACCCACGUGGACUAUGAUCUAAGUGCCGCAAAAAGGAAUACGCGAGACGAAGUAUACCCCCCGCGCAGGAGAGGCGUCAAAAACGAAAGCCUUUUUCCACGCAGGGGAAGCCCGAGAAGUAGCUAAAGAGGACACGCGGUAUCUACUCAAGAAUUUAAGGGAAGAUGAAGUGCACAUCGGUAGCAUUAGUAGCAGCGCUAUGCGCCACGUUGGUGCACUCACUUCCGGUACCGGAAGAACAGGGUCUUCAGUCACAGGUCCUCGAUCGAUUAGUAAUGGUCGAAGGCGCAGCUGAUAACGAAGAAGCUCUCAGGAGCAAAAGGACAAUUGGGUUACUACGGCAGCUAUUUCCGGGAGUGUCUCAGAUAGUCGAACAAAAGGUCAGCGCGAUUACAUCGGAGGUCAUCCGGAUCCUCGGGCCGAUCGUGCUGCGGGGGGUCUUAGGAGGAGGCGGGGGCGGGGGCUUAGGGGGCGGUGGCGGGCAAAGUGGCGGGCAAAGUGGCGGAAACAGCGCCGGAACCAUUGUGACGGCGAAGUCGCCGUUCGACGAUGACGACGGAGACGAUGCCAAUGGCAGCGAUUUAUCCGCCGUCAGCCGAGGCGGCUCCAAGGUCUCUAUAUCCUUGCCAACCUUCCCGCCGGACGAGGCCGAGGACGAAGAGGGCGAAGACACUACCACCCCUGGCGACGUAAAUCCGGAAUCGGAAAAUCAAGUCCAGGAAGCUGCAGCGGAAUCGCAGAACAACGAAGUUAGGGUGCAGUUCACCGACGACCAAGAGGGUGCGGCAGCAAAUGAUAACGCGGCGCCAGAUUUGCCACCAUUGGACGAUAUUGACAUCGUUGAUGAGAAUCGCAACAAGAGGUUCCUCAACUUCGGUCUUUCGGGGGCCACGGGGGCACAGGCUGCCGGGGGAAGUGGUGGAUCUGGGAACUUCCUCUUCGAUAUUAUCAGGCAAGCAGCCGACGGGGCGGCAAGAGCGGCGGGCACGGUGUACCGAGUCGUAGCCGGUACCCAGAGCCUGGGCCUGGGGCUUAGCGCCUCCCGCGAAGUGGGCCCCGCGCCCGCGUCCGCUCCCGCUGCCGCCCCUGCCGCGCCUGCUGCCGCCGCCGCGCCCGGUGCCCCAGCUGCCGCCCCCGCCCCAGCCGCCCCUGCGCCCGGAGGCGCCCCACAGCCACCGGUACGCCAACCCCGCAGCCUUCCGGCCCUUGUGGCCGGAAGUGGCAGCACGGAGCAGGCGGAUGCGGCGAACGCGGCGGCGCCCGGAAGAGCCGACGGCACGCAGGAGGCGGUGCCAGGACCGAUCACCAGGCUCUUCGUCAUAGCCAACCGUGGCAUCUCCAAUCUCGUCCAGGACCUCAUUCUCCGCCUCGCAGCCACCAGCGAACGCAUCGUCAACUUCAAGGCGCGUCUGAUCACUUCCAUCAUCUAGGAAAAUUGGUCUCGAAGAAGUUCUGGGAGGCCAGAGAAUGAAGCCGGGGUUCCCUGAGGAUCAGCUACUUUUUCCGUAUCUGGACCACGGGUACGACGUCGACGGCCCUGGGUAAACCUCUCGGCCGCACCUUGUCCCCGGGAUCCACGCAGAAGAUCGUUCCGGAAGAGCCUCAACCGAGAUGACCGAGCUUCACCGCGGACUCCUUUAUCGUAGGACAUUCACCUCUGUAGCUGCCUCUGCGAUCUGCCUUACCCUGCCUCUCAGCAAAGAAUUCAGAACUCUCCAUAGAAGCCCAGAAGGAUACGGACGUUCGA